AUGCCUGAGAUUGAGUACCUCCUAGCCCUCCCGCGGUCGACUGUUUAUCACACCCUACAACAUGAACCGGGCUCCUUCAAUGACACUUCCACUCGCAGCGGACGGCCUCGUGCACUCACCCGAGAUGAUGUUGAGCUCAUUCUGGAGGUUUGCGAAAUUCAGCCAAACGUCUAUCUUGAUGAGUUGAAGGAAGAAUUGGAGCUGCAAAAUGUAGACAUAUCAUUGGCUGCUCUUUGCCGGUAUCUUCAUCGGAAUGGCAUUACACAUAAAUGA